GUCAAUCAGCGUGCCACAAACAGAGAUGUGCUGACCAUCAUAAGGAUCGUAACCAUCCUCUACUCUGCAGCCCAAAACAGGUCGCCAUGUCCAACAUCACCUCCCAGGCCUGUCUCUCCGACGGCGUGCCCGGCGGCCCUCUCUUCGUGGGCGUGUACUCCACCGUCUUCCUCGUGGGCCUCGUGCUCAACCUCACCGCCCUGGCUGUCUUCUUCCGCCACGGCAAGUCGCGCUCGCACACCGUCGUCUACAUGACCAACCUGGCUCUUACCGACCUCCUCCUGGUCCUCACGCUCCCCCUCAGGGUGUACUACCACCUGGGCUUCUCCAUCCAUCUCCCCUGGCUGUGUGACAUCGUGGGUCUGGUCCUCCUGGCCAACAUGUACGGCAGCAUCUUCCUCCUGGCCUGCAUGUGCCUGGACCGCUGCCUGGCCGUGUCCUUCCCCAUGUCUCCCAGGGUGUGUGAGGCUCGGAAGAAGGCCCCUCUGGUGUGCCUGGGCGUGUGGGUGCUCACCGUAGGCGCCAGCCUCCCCGCCUACAUCUCCAAGCGGGCGGAGGCGAGCGCGGCGGCGGCGACCAACAACGCCAGCUGCUUCGGGAACUUCCCGUUUUACGCCACUCAGCCGGUUGCCCUGGCGUCCACGCUGACGGUGGGCUUUGGCCUGCCGUUGGCAGUGAUGCUGGCGUCGUCCUGGGGCCUCCUGAGGGCCAUCGGGCGCAGCGCCGCCGCCGCCCAAACCGAGCUGGUGGACAGCAGGAAGAUCCGGAGGAUGGUCGCCACCAACCUGGUCAUCUUCCUCAUCUGUUUCCUGCCCUAUCACUGCAUGCUGGCGCUCCUCUACAUGUACCAGAAGGAGAGACCCUGCCCCCUGCUGGUGACGUACUGGUACAGCCUGAUGUUGGCGUGCUUCAACGCCAUGCUGGACCCGCUGGCGUACUACUUCACCACGGAGACGUUCAGGAGGAAGAUGGACGUGGGGGCCAUGAGGAGGAUGUUUCCCCUCCACAACAGCAGCUCCAACGAGGUCCAGCACAAGUCACGAGGGCCGCUCAACACUUAGAGAGCUGGAGGAUGUGCUUGUGGGCCUAUCGGGGGUUGAGGGGUUGUGGACAUGGGCCUGUCGACGCCUGCAGAUCGUUUACUUGGGCCACUCAGGGCUUUGAGAUUGUAAACGUGAACCAAUCGUCACAUUGUGUUUUCCGGUGGCAUCUCACAGUGCCUUUUUUUUUCUUCUUUGCUUUUUCUCAAUCUACAGGAUAAACGAUAUGGGGUUCAUAAAAGCAUUUUGAUGCUAUGACUUCUCUCACAGGAACUAAAAGCUUGGAAGAGGAACUCAAAGAUCGCAAUAAUUUCUAGUUUUAGUCUGAGGUUGUUGGGUUUGACACCUCAGGCUAAUGAUAGGCUCUCUCCCUCGCUGUGUGUCCAAAUUUGGGGCUUGUCUUUGCUGCGAUACAAGACACUGGAUCGGCGGGUGUCUGGAGAUGGUGAGACCGCGGUUGAGCUCAUGCAGGGCAGGGUCGAGACGGGGAGAAACAGGGCUAAAGCGUGGGUCGCACUAACCACUCUUUUUGUCCUCGAUCUGUGUAACACGUUCUCACUCAGGGGCCAAGAGGGGGGGUGAAAAAACCACAUCAACAACAUCACCGCCAUUUCUCUUUGAGAAAGCAUGGUGUCUCCGGACCACGGGAACCACAGUUCUGCUGCAUCUGACCUAAAUCCACGGGGAGCAACAGACUGCUGAGUAAGAGGUUGUAGGUGGAAAAACCUCAUCCAUGUUGCUUUGGGUAACAGCGUAUUUUAAAAUAAUGUGUUAAUAUCACGCAUGUUGCAUUCACGGUUAGGGGCGGACUGGGGGAAAAAAGUGGCCCGGGAGUUAUACUGUCAGACCGGCCCACUCAGUAAACGGCGCGCGGCCCACUUGAUGCAUUGCACGUAUCGACCAGGUGGUUGGCCUACUUGGAAAAAUACCCAUACACUUAACAUUAAUUUGGAUGAUUACAAAGAAAUGACAUCAUAUAUGUUUCAUACGUUGAAAUUCCGAAGCCGUAAGAACACAUUUCAGAAGACACUUCAGAACAUUAAAAAAAAUAGGCAACAUGAGUGUGAAUACAGAUCGCGAGGAGGAGACGUAUAGAUCUCAGUCAGUAAUUGUAGCCUACCAAAGGUCUUAGAGCAAUUUAUACGUUAUCAAGCUGUGUAAUAUGGAAUAAUAUGAGAUGCUGACGAUGUCAGAGGGCCGGUUGGUGAUGGAAGUGGGCCGGUAUUUUGGACCAUCCCAACCCCGUCGGCCCACCGGGGAUUCCCCCGGUAUCCCUGAUCCACCCCUAGACACGGUUGGUGCCUUGUAAGUGGCUGCACCCGUGAAAAUGGUUGAGAUUGCACUUUAUUCAAAUAUUAUUAUUGUUGUUCCACUGUGCCUGGUAGCUGAGAUGUGGGUACUUAGUGGUGUGCAUCAUAAAGACAGACCGUUCCUUGACUCUGACCACCAAAAUACUGUUAGAACUCUUAAUUUCUGAUCCUUGAUUUAUGCUUUACUUUUAUGUGCGCUAUUCCUAUGUCUCUUUGGAUCAAAAACAUCUUCUGAAUGAAUCAAAUUUAAAAUAAGUUAAUGGUUCACUUGUCAUUCCUUUUUGGCAGAAUUUUUUUUUGCAUCUUGGUUGCGCAACAGUUUCUCCUGUCCUGUUGAUAAGCAACACUUCUGUUCUAAACCCGGGCUUCUAAAUAUGCACUGAGAGUAAAUGAAUACGUUGAGAGCCUAACUGUACUUGUUAUUUAUAAUGUUAAAUGCAUGAACUCAGCAUGUUUCAUCCUUUUAUUGUAGGUUAGUAUGUUUAAUACAUACUGGUAUAACCAGUCUGCCUCUUAUUUUGUAGCCUUAACAUCCUGUGAACUUUCACACAUCUUGUUUUGGCAUUGAGAAAAGGUCACAAUAAUAUAUUACUUAAUAGAUGAAGAUGGAA